GCGUUUAGAGUAUCGCGCGCACUCCCACCGGGACGACCAUAGUCGCUGCGUGCACACGGGCCGAGAAUUUAUCUCUAUUGCAUUUCCUCAACGUUUCACUGCAAGACGUCCCGCGCAGCACGACGGUAUAUUAUUAUUAUUAUUAUUAUGCCACGGUACACGCGCGCCCGAUCGCCACUGCACCGCCGGGAAUAACACUUUUGACGUUUUUAAAAAUUAAUUCGUUUUGUUCUAUAUACGGUUCUUUUGUAUUUUUUUUUUCUAUCUAUCAUCUUCCGUUUCCGUUUUCGCGAGACGUCGGUCGACCGACCAACGUUCACUACCGCGUGUUUCACGUACACCAAAAUAUUUAUUUUUUUUUUUGAUCGACACACGUGCAAAGUCGUCGGACGGUCGCAUAUGCCGCUGCAAACCGACAAAUAAUUCCGCUAACCUAACAUUUUCACGUUAAACGCGAGUCCGCGGUCCGCACACACGUCACCCGAUCGUACACAUCGCGCACGCACGUUGACGGACACGUAUAGGACGGCGGUGGGCCCGGAAGGCAUCACGGUGGUGUCGACGGAAGAAGACGGACGGACGGUGGCCGGCGCCGGCUACUGGACGGGCGGCGCGACCGGCGGCGACGCUGACGCCGCGGUCGCGGCACCGUGGCAGUCAACGUUGGGCACGCUGGGCGGCGGUGGUGGCGGCGGCGGCGGCGUCGUUGUCGGCAAUGUCGGUAACGGCGGCGGCGGCGGUGGCGUCGUCGGCGGUAACGGCGGUGGUGGCGGCGAAUUGGACCCCGUGGCCGCGUGGGGCCGCAAACUGUACGCGACGCCGGGCAACCAUCACCGGAACGCCACCGCGGCCGGCCUCAUGUUCGGCCUGCACCACCACCAUCACCAGGACACCGGAACGCCCGGUGGCAUAUCCGGACUGCACCAUCAUCAUCACCAUCACCACCAUCACCAGCUCCGGGGCCCGGUUACCGGUCUCAAGGAAGAACCUUUGGCCAACUCGCAGCUGUCCGUUCCCCGUUCGUGGAUGCAACCCUCCAUCAUCGACCAGAGCAGUAUCGGAGUGGGAAGGGCACAUUUUGAGAAGCAACCUCCCAGCAAUCUGAGAAAAUCCAAUUUCUUUCACUUCGUGAUCGCGCUAUACGAUAGGUCUCAACAGCCAAUUGAAAUCGAACGGACCGCGUUCAUCGGAUUCAUCGAAAAGGACCAGGAAUCCGAGUCACAGAAGACCAACAACGGUAUUCAGUAUAGACUUCAGCUGUUGUAUGCUAACGGUGUGCGACAAGAACAAGAUAUAUACGUGAGGCUCAUCGAUACCGUUACCAAACAGGCCAUCAUUUACGAGGGUCAAGACAAAAAUCCUGAGAUGUGCCGGGUGCUGCUAACACACGAAGUCAUGUGCAGUCGAUGCUGUGAUAAGAAAAGUUGCGGCAACAGAAACGAAACGCCAUCCGAUCCGGUCAUCAUCGACAGAUUUUUCUUGAAGUUUUUCUUGAAAUGCAAUCAAAAUUGUUUGAAAAACGCUGGAAAUCCAAGAGACAUGCGAAGGUUUCAAGUGGUAAUUUCGACACAAGUUACAGUUGAAGGUCCUCUGUUGGCUGUAUCGGAUAACAUGUUUGUGCACAACAAUUCAAAACACGGACGCCGAGCAAAACGUUUAGACCCAAAUGACGGUAUGUUUUCUCCUCUACCCGUGGCGACACCGUGUAUAAAACACAUUACUCCGAGCGAAGGAUGGACCCACGGCGGAGCUUCGGUCACUAUAUUGGGUGAUAAUUUUUUCGACGGGUUGCAAGUGGUUUUCGGCAGCAAUCUAGUUUGGAGCGAACUAUUGACUCCACACGCCAUACAAGUGCAAACACCGCCCAGGCCCAUACCCGGCAUCGUGGAAGUAACGUUGUCGUAUAAAUCCAAACAGUUUUGCAAAGGAUCUCCCGGUAGAUUCGCAUACAUAUCACUCAGCGAACCGACCAUUGAUUACGGUUUCCAAAGACUACAAAAAUUUGUACCCAGAUACCCAGGUGAUCCCGAAAAACUACCAAAGGAAGUGAUCCUGAAGCGUGCAGCAGAUUUAGCGGAAGCGCUGUACACGAUGCCCCGAAACAAUCAGCUUUCGCUAUCGCUGCCCAGGUCACCGUGCUCGCGGGACAGGGACAGCAACAACAUGUCGUCGUCUGCAGGUGCGGUGGGCACCGGGUUCAACCCGUACACCGGACAGCUAGCGGUGACCGUACACGACCACGGUGCGACCGGUCAAUGGAACGACGGUGAGUGCUACGAUUACGGACGCGGUCAGAGCAGCAGCGUGUCGCCCCGAGGCGGCGGUUACGGGUCCAGCGCAUCGACGCCGCAUUCGACCAACGGCACUAACGGAAGCACGUACAUAAAUCCGCCGCCAACCAGUGGUGGUGGAGGCGGUGGCGGUGGAGGUGGCGGAAGCGGCGGCGGCGGUGGAAACGGUGGAAACCCGUCCAAUUCCGGUCCCAACAAUGGUAACGGGGGAAAUUCCGGUUACAACGGUUCCACCAUGCCCAACACCACGUCGGCCGCGUCGUCGGUUCAACUUACCAACAUGAACUCGCCCACGGCCACUUCGCACCCAUCACUCUUCAACUCUUCCUCGAGAAUGGGUACUUUGGUCACAUCUCCGUUCGCAAUGAAUCCGUUUGCUCUACCAAACUGCAACGGACAGCCGUACGCCACGAGCCCGUUAAUCAGCUCGUCUGCGAAAUAAAUAAACAAGACACAAUGCGCCGCCUUUAAAAUAGUGUUGAUUAUGUUUCUAGUAGUUGUCAAACUUAAUCGACUGUACACACCAAUUCGGUAAAAUACGAUACUUCCGUAUGUAGGUUUAAAAUACGCAUUGUUAUUAUUAAAAUCAUUUAAUCAUUAUUUAUUAUUAUUAUCAUUAUUAUUAUUGUUAUUAUUAUAAUUAUUAUUAUUACAGUCCGGAUUUUUAUUCUUCGAGUACACUUAAAAUGUGUUUGUAUAAUGUACACUACCAUUUCCUCAUACUGAUCAAAUUACAUGUUUCAAUUAAAAUUCUAAAAAAUAUACAUUUUUCAUUUUUCAAAAAAAAUCUUCUAAAAAAGAUCUUCUAUACAUACAGUUUUAUAUACAAUAAUAAAUAAAAAUCUUAAAAAUCCGGACAAUAAUUUAUUAUUAUUGUCACAUCAAUAAAUGGUGUGGGACAUUUUUAAUUCUGUCUUACUGACCAAAAUAUUAUGUAAUAAAUAAAAAUAAUAAUAAAAAAUAAAAUAUCAAAUUUUAAUGAAUUUUAAUAACACUAUUUUUGUAUAAAAAUAAAUAAUAUAUAUAUAUAAUAUAUUGUAUUUAGAAAUCCUAUUGUAAACUAUAUUCUAUUUAAUAUUAUUAUUAUUGUAUUAUGUUGUAUGAUAAUACAUUUUCUUUGUUUGUUUCUUUUUAUUUCCAAAAUAUUUUGUUGUUCUUUUUAUUUAUUUAUGUAAUUUUUGUUUUGUGUAUAGUUUCAAUAUCUUUUUAAAAUUAACUAUGAUUUUUUUAUCUAGUCUAAUUGUAAAAAAAAUAUAUCGAGUUAAGUUGAAAUUUCCUCGCAAAAUCACGUAUUUUAAUGCAGUAAUCCAAAACGAAUAUAUUAAAUUUUCAUUUUAGAACACAAUAAUCUUAUGAAUGAAGUAAUUUAAAUAUUUUAAAAUUAAAAUAUUAUUUAUUGUAUACAAAAUUAAAACAAUUUUUUUGUGAUAAUUUUAUAUAUUACUAAUAAUUAUUUAUUUCCCACAUUUAUUGUUAACUUCGAUAAAAAUAUGAUUCGGUGUGAUUCAUGUAUUAUAUCUAAUAAUACUAUCCAUGACGAUUGAAACAAUUACAUAUCAUACGAGCUUUGUUUGCUCUAUACAAUUUAUGUAAAAAAAAAAAAAAACUAAAAAAAUACUAUUGUUAUUAUUUAGUGUAUAUAUAUAUAUAUUAUACAUAAAUAUAUACUAUAUAUAAUUUUAUAUUAUAUAAACACUUUAGUUUCUUAUCAGCUUCUGUAAUUAGUACAGCGUCUUAUAACAUAUAAAUCAUAAUAAUAUAUUAUAUAUUCCUAGACUGCCAAUUUUUGGUUGUAUACAAUUGUUUUCAUUGUACAUAUCUAAUUAUAUACAUCAGUAAUUAUAUAUAAUAUUAUAUAAACUCUAAAACUUUUGUUCAACAUUUAUUAUUACUAUUCGAUCAUGUAAGUAAAAUUAUUUUUUUUUUUUGAUUUUUGAGAUUAAAAAAAGACAUUAGCGACCAAC